AUGAGUUUUCUUGCCAAAAUAUUUGGCGGCGGCAGAGCCCGGAAACAGCAAGGACCUUCCCCUCAAGAAGCGAUUCAGAGAUUACGAACCAUGGAAGAAAUGCUUCAGAAAAAAAGCGAGCAUUUGGAGAAGAAAAUUGAUCAAGAAUUAAAAAUUGCGAAGUCGAGCAAAAAUAAGCAUGGUGAGUUCACUUUGUUUUGUGGAAGUUUUAGAAGUAGAUGGUUGUAUAAAUUCUUUACUGUAAAAUUUGUCUGAAUGUUAUCAUAUUACUCAUAUAUUCCUAGAAGCAAAUUUGGGGUUCCAAGAAAGUAGUUUCUUAACAUGACAUUGUUAAUAACAUAUUAACGUGUGUAAAAUGCGGGUAUAUUUAUAAACCUUGCAGCUAAUACUAAUACAGUAAUAGUAAUUUUUAAGAAAUUAUUCUUACAGUACAGUAUUAAAAGAUUUCCCAGCGGCCGGUUGUAUCAACUCCGUUUAGCUUAGACGGUGGAUAUUAAACUCAAAAUUAAAUAACACUAUUAUAUAUCUUGUGAAUCAGUCAACUUAAAUAUUGUGCACUGAAUAUGUAGUUGUAUACAUUAUUGUUCUAUUAAAGUUCAAAACUUUUAGUUUGGUUGUUGAAUGAAUCUAUAGACUUGCUUUCUAUUUUGAGCUUGAAGCCUGAAGGUGAUGUAAAGUCUGUAAUGUAAACAAACGCUUUGUUUACAUUUUGAACUCAGUGCUACAGUUGUAAAAUAUAAUUAGAUAUAUAUUAUACUGAAAUUUUAACACUCUUCUGGUUUGCUAUCAUGCUAUGCUUGUAAAUUAAUACAGACUAGAAAUUUAAUUCAAGAAAGUUUGGAAGGUGUGAAAUAUUAACAACAUUCCAAUGGUCGGGUCCUGACCAUUGGAAUGUAGGCCUGCUAAGAACAUAUGCACAGAACAGACUUUACAUCACCUUUAACCACCGUUUAAGCUAAACUGGCUUGAUACAACCGGCCCCAGAAAACUAUCCUAAAAAAUUAUCAAAAUAGUGAUUUUGAUAUAUAAUUUCCAUCAGUCCUUUCAAUCCCUUCACACUAUAUCCUAAAUCCUGCCUCUGCAGCAAGGCCGGAUUUUGAGGUGUGUGGAGGUGCACACCUACCCUGAGAUCAUUUUGCACCAUCCUUGAGAUUUUUUUGCACCUCCUCUGAAAAUUCAUGCAUGUCCCCUUGAAAGUUGAAACAAGUCAAAUGAUAGAUCAGUAAAAAUUUGUUGAAGAAGUGAUAACGAAUCAUCUCGGAGUUCAUUACCCUUACAAUGCAAUGUUUUUUAAGAAACUUUGUAAUGAGGGGCAAAUUGGACGAGUUGCAUCGUAAUAAUUCAUGCAUACAUUAACAGCUAGAUUUGUACCCUGUGCAGUGGUGAUUGACCAGAAAUUACAAUUAUUCAUGCGAUUUUACCAUACCAAUUUUACCAUACCAAUUUUAUAAUGACACAAAGGUGAUGUCAUUCAUUUCAUUUUGAUAAUUUGCAUAGUAAAUUAGUAAUGUGUUACUGCAACAAAAGUUUGUUAAAACUGUUCAUAAAUUACAUGCUUCAGACAUUAAUUUUGUUGCGGCAACGUAUUGCAUUAAAAUGCAGCAGGUAUCAGCAGCAUAUUUUCUCAAUAGUUGGUUUUACACAAUCGGAAAUACGGAUAAUUCUACCCAUUCCGAUUGUCUACUGAUAAGGGAAAAAUUGGCGCAAUUCCAAUGCCGAUUAUCGGUCAAUCACGACUGUACAUUACAUGCCUAUGUCACAUAAUUUACUUCAGGGGGCUACAUUCUGAGCGCUAACAUCCCAGUGAGGUUGUCAGCCAGACUGCCGCACCUCCUCUUAAAUAUUUUCAAAUACCCCCCCCCCCAGCAUUAAAUCUGGCCUUCUUCCACAGGCUCUCUCAUUUGACAUUCUAAAUCAAGUCUUCUGCUUUUCUAAUGUAGGGGACAGCACCUCACAAAUAAAAGAAAAGUACUUUUUGUCAUGCCGAGGUUAUCUAUCCAUAACCUGUCGUCUGUCCAUGAAGGCAUCAUUCUUUCCCAAAAAUAGCCCUGGCCUCUGGUUGGUUCGACCCAAAAUUGUCUUUCUACCGCUGCUUUAAAACAAUUAAGCAUGGCAAUAUGACGUUUCUUAUUCAUAAGAUAUCAUAAAAUUGUUUGGUGCAUUCUUUUCGAUGUUUUGGUACGUUCUUUUGUCUUUUCUAGGUACUGACUUAUCAAAAUAGCUAUGGCAGAAAUAUCCGCCAUAUCUAUUUCUUGAAAGAACUCGAUCCACAGAUCCCCUACCACACUAUAUGCAGUUUCUCAACUUUAACAAUUUUGCUAACCAAUAGGGGCUAAUUUCCACUCAGGAAAAUUAUCUGUGGAUUGGAACGGACAAAAAAAAUUUCUUUGUGUUAAAGUCAUUAGUUCCAACCCAGAACUCACAAGACAAAGAAAAAUUUUCUUGCCCGUUCCAAUCCACAGAGUAAUUUUCCUGAGUGGAAAUUAGUCUUAAGUGUGAACACUUCCGAAAAAGCGAUCCGAAUCGAUUCGAAAUCGAAUUAACUGGAUAGAUCUACGACCGAGCUCAGUUUGAACGGGCUCUCUGCCAGUAAAUUCCAGGCAACUGCUCCGCUAAACUAUUUUAAGAAAAUUAGUGUUUGGUUUUCACUUUUGGAAUGCAUAAAUUCACAUGGCUAUACCUUAAAGUUUACACAUUGUAAUCUAAUAGAUACAUAGGGCAUUGUAUGCCUUAUUUAAACACCACCUAUAUGCUCUAAAGGUUGCCAACCUAUAAUUUAUCUAAAAUUUCGUCUAACCGUAUGUCAUAGCCAGAUCGCAUGUGAUUAUCAGUCCAGCUUGAUUCUGUGUGCGCUGGAGUUCUGGCGGAGCUCCGGCGUUUUUUGGUCAGCCGGAGUUGGAGUUGCGUUCCUUUCACCCAGCUGCGGCUGGAAAGUCUAAAUGCUAAGAAAUGUGACAAUUUAUUACAAAUAAUGGCAACAUUGAAUACGUUGAAAGUACAUAUAAUCUGAAGUCAUAUAUCUGUUGUGUCAAACCAUUUCGCCAUUUUCGGCUACUGCAAACGGCCACUAAAUUGCAAUAAGUCAUUAUGCCUGUGAUCAUAUGAUAGGAAAAGUUGUAAAUCGCAAACGUCAUGAUUUGACACGUUGCAUCACAUCAUCUUAUCUUGGGGACAAAGUCGAGCCAAAUAAUAUGGGCCAUUAUACGGUUAAAGACUUUGUCCCUGAGUUGUAUAAAGUAGCGGAGCCGGUGAUGGAGCUGAAUAACUGGAGUUUGCGCAGCACUACAGUAACGGAGUUGUAGCAAGGGCAUGCAGGGCUUCUCUUGACUCUCACAGUCAUGACUUUAGUGUCAUGUCGUGUAUACUUAUUAACCAUUAGUGUCAUUCAUAUUAUUUACAGGUGACCUAAAACUUCUGGACAUGCAGUACUGUAUUUAAGAUGUUGUGCACUAAAUACAACAGAAAAGUGCUUGUAUUUGAUUUGAUAUCGGUAUUUAAAUUUUGCUUUAAAGGCGCCUUAAGUGCAUUAGAAAGAGUGGAGAAACUGGAGAAAGAACUUGCAUAUAUUGAUGAAAAGCUUUCAAACAUUGAAAUCCAACAACAAGAACUGGAACAUGCAAACAUAGAAACUGAAUAUUUGAAGAGUGUUAAGUAUGCCGCAAGUGCACUUAAACAGGCUCAAUG